AUGCACCUCGCUGGAACGCCAUGCGCGCAGCAGCUCGGCACAUUCUUUUCCACAUCGGAGCUGAGCUCAUCGUCUCAUAAUGAGCGCAGCAGCAGCGCGUGGCCUCGAGGGCCGCCGGAACAGCGGUACAAGCACGCGGGUGCACCUGUGGCGACGUACGCGCACGCGCCAAGCCGUGAUGUUGGAUUCGGGGGUCGUGCACAUGUUGCCACUCACCGAGGCCGCGACAUUCUUACUGCCAAACUUCAGCGCAUUCGCGCAGAGGGGAACACAAUCGUAGCGGAGCGGUGGUUUUUGCGGUGGGGCCUCUACGCGGUUCGCCGCGCUGCCUUGCGGCGCGUCCAGCACCGUGCUCGGCUUGUUUUGUGGAGUCGUGUCGGUGCCAGGUGCUUUGCGUGGUGGCGAUUAGUCGCGCAGCGGCGCCUGCACCGCGAGGUGCUCUACCGAGACGCCGCCGCGCGCGAACGCGCGUUGAUUGAUGGCCUUUGUCGCGUUGCAUGGGAGAGGUGGCGUCAGUGGGCACAAGUGUAUGCACGGCAGCGCGCGAGAGCGGCGCAUCUGGGGUUGGUGAAUCGACAGCGGCACGCGCUCCUUCGAUUUCACGCAUGGACGUGUCAUCCCCGUCGGUGCCGUCAGCUGCGGUCUGUGGAGAAGAUUCGAUUCUCCGCGGAGCGAUCGCUGGCCCGCUUUACUCUGAUCCGCUGGCGCUUGCAUGCCCUAGAGAGCUACCUUGCCUUUCCACUGCAGGUGCGGGCAGCGCAGCAAGUGGCGACGGCGGCAUUUCGCGCGUGGCAGCGUCGUGCGCUCAUCGGGGCUAGCAUGCGACUCAUCCGCCACGAGGCGCUUCUGCACCUGGCAGAGCGGUGCUUUGACCGGUGGAAGCGAUGGCUCCGACGGCGGUUACAGGCCGCACUGCUGCGCGAAGCGAACGAGGCUCGCCUUUUACUGCGCAUCUUCUCGCAGUGGGCGUGGCACCAUGAGCUCCACGCAUUAGAUUACGAGCAGUACGUCGCAGAACGUCAUCUGCCACGCCUCUUCUCUUGA